GGGCGGGGUGUGAUAAGGCGGCGCGCGGCGCGGCCUCGCUCUUUCCAGCGGCGGCGGCGACGGGAGCAGGUGGGUUAAACAUGUCAGCUCAUCUCCAGUGGAUGGUCAUCCGGAACUGCUCCAGUUUCCUGAUUAAAAGGAACAAGCAGGUCUACAGCACCGAGCCCAACAACUUGAAGUCCAGAAACUCUUUCCGUUACAAUGGGCUUAUUCACCGCAAAACUGUAGGUGUAGAGCCAGCAGCCGACGGAAAAGGAGUGGUGGUCGUCCUCAAAAAGCGGGCAGGUCAACGCAAACCAGCGACAUCCUAUGAAAAGAUCACCAUCAACAAGAAUGGCCGUGCUACCCUGAACAGUUUGCGACACAUCAUCCGUAAGAACAACUACCGAAAGGAUCUUCGCAUGGCUGCACUUCGUCGAGCCAGUGCCAUUCUGAAGAGUCAGAAACCAGUUGUGGUCAAGAAGAAGCGCACUCGGGCUACCAAGAGUGCAUGAACUUGUAAAAGAUUUGACAUGAUUCAUAAUAAAGGAAAAUUUUAAGUA